AAAUAUUCUGCGGAUUGUAGGCUAAUGUGACUGACUGCAACAUGGCCGCCCAUAAGAAGACAUGGUUUAUACUUCAUUAAGUUACCGCCUGCUUUAGAAGAGAUUUAAAACGUGGUUUUCUGUGUCAGCAUCGUGGGUUUUAAAUAAGUGUGAUAAUAUGAAAUUAUGUCACGAUAUUAGAUAGAUCCUGUUGCGCCGAUGUAACACUUGUGGGUAGGGACAGCAGAGCUAGAACUAUUCAGCUACAUAUCUUGGUUCCGGCUGCAGUCGAACGUGUAUCUUAAGGAGUGGCUGUCUCGUAAGAAAAGCAAGUACAUCAUUGUAAUUUUGGUUUUCCUAAAACAUUUGAUACGUGGCAUACACGGACAUUUGUCAUCACGUUCGUAAUGUAUCGGCUCCUCUCGCGAAGGCGCACCCUGGCCGUCUAGAUUCAGGCUGCGCUGCGUCGUCGUCAUCAGUCAUAGACAGACUGAAAAGCUUGAGCUGUCCAUAAGAAUCAUUUUACUUUGAUCUUGCUCCUCCUGUGGCAGGUAGUCAGACCGUUUUUUUAAAAUCAACACCUCUUCUCUGUCGUACUGUAAACAGGGGAUAAAUAAUCGCCCGCGUAUGAAAUUGACUUUCAGAUAUAUUUUGUUCUAGAAAUGCGAUUAAGCCAACUAGCUGUAUUAUCUCUAGGAGAGUAGCUAGCUUGCUAGCUACAACGUUAGGUUUUCAGGACCAAAUAAAGACGGCCUAAAACAAAGGUUCGCGCUUGCUAAAGUAUUCAUUUAUAGUAUGAUUAAUUUUUAGUCGUGUGCGUUACACGCUUUACCAUAUAACACCGUUUUCAGUUUUCAGCUGUCAAGUAGGUUAGUGAGCUACAGGUCAAAAUGAAUUCAGUCCAGUACUAAAAUAAAAAUACGUCAUUACUCAUUCGUUACACACGUUUAGCUAGUACAUUAUUUGUCCUGGUUGGCACACUGAUAUAUUGUCACUACAAAUAACCGCCUCAGGUUAUUUUUGUAGGUUAUACCGGGAGGGUAGAUGUACCUGUUUAGGGUUUUACUCACUUUCCCAGGAGGCUGCAUUUGGUUAGAAUGGAAGUUCCUUUCCUCAUCACAAAAUUCACUCUUCUGAAAUCUCACACAAAUUACAUGCUUUUCUCACUUCGGACUUGUAUUCUAAUUGUAAUGUGAAACUGUUGUAUGUAAUAUUAACUGUUAUGUGUAUGAAUCAGUUGGCAGUUAUCUGACGUCUAACUCAUAUCAUCAUUCCUUUCAGAUUCUUUGUCGUUUCAGACUGUGCUCUGGAAUGUAACUUAAAAUUUCACGACCCUCACCACUGACUGUGUCCUCUUUCCUUAUGUUGGCCAUGAUCAAGACUCAAUCCCACAAUGCAAUGCAGCAAUGUGGUCUCACUGCGCAGGGUGUUUCUCCAGUUCCAGAGCAGAUUCUGCACUUUGAUGGAAAGCCUGAAUUCUGACCCCAAGAUGGCUGAAUUCAUGAACACAUCUUUGGGGAAGUACCUAAAUGGCCACCCAUUUCUUGCACUGUCCUUGCUGGUUUUUGGUGCCUUGGCGACAGUACCUGUUGGUCUCUUCCUGGUCUUUGCCAUGGUAACGUUCAUCUCUGCCACCGUGGGCUUUGUGUUAUUGGAGGUGUUCCUGCUUACACUGGGGGGCGCCACACUGCUGUGCGUACUCUGUGGUGUUGCCAUGGUUGCUGUCAUUGUCUCCUUCAUCCUCAGUGCCAUCUACAUCACCACCUCAAACUUGCUGAACUUAUACUACAGCCAAAGGGUUUCAGAGGAGAAGAGUGAUGCGACAAAAACUCUGGGGUCUGAGAACCUGAGAGGCCAAUGACUGGUACCACUUUACCUCAACUCCACCCCACAACCAAAAUUCCCUGUAGGCACAGCCUGUAUCAAAAAUCACUAAACCACAAAAAUAUACCUAUAUUAAAUUAAUCAUAAAAUCUGCCAGUAUCAAAAAUGAAAUACCUGCAUCAUAAUCUCCAUGCUGUGCUUCUGAGCAUUAAGCACUCCAUUUCAUUAUACCCAUAAUCCCUCUGUGGACACAGACAGCACCCAAAGCAGAAUUAAAGGAAUGUUCCUGAUGCCACACAGUCAGACACUGAGACUCCUACCAUGUUUACAACAAUCAAAACAUUUAAGCCUCAGUAAAUGCCUUUUUUGAGGAAACUCAGUUUUAGUAUUUAAAUGGAAAUCACAUCUUUCACUGCCAGUUCUCAAGCUGUGCCUGACUCACUGCAUCAAUGACUAGGUUUACAUGCACGCUAAUAUUACCAAUAUUAGCCGAAAUAUAGCCUUCUAACUUGGGUCAUAUAGACAUACUAUUAUUUUAAUCAAAUUCACUUCAUGAUAGCACAAUGUAUAGCAUAGACCUUGUAAGGGUACAGCAUAUAUAGCCUUGUUACUGAAAUCAUGGUCCUUGAGAGCCAAUAACUGCUGAUUUUCUACCCUCCCUUUACCUGGGAGUCAGGUGUGAUGACAGUCUAGCCAAUCAGUAGCCUAUAAAGGCACAAUGUGUAGGAUAUACCCUAUGAGGGCACAGUGUUCAGAAUAUACCCAAGAAGUGUGUGCAGUGUGUAGGGUAUACCAUUUGACUUGUGUGGUUUUGGGAUCCAGUACAUAGCAGAAAUGCAAGUAAUGAUGUUUUGGAGAAGUGGUAUAAUUUCAGUCUGUAAGUGUGUGAACAGGGGUUUCCCCAAACAGAAAGCUGUUGUGUUGUAAGAGGGAUCUCAGCCUUAUAUCUUUACUUUGGUAAACAACAGCAGAUCUCUCAAAUGAGAAUAAAAAAUAAAAAACAGGAUUGCAUUCACAUAAAAUUAUGCAUGCUGAAAACAUAUGUGGGAUGAAAACAUGCUGCUUUGCUUCUGUUGCACUAUGAACUUGCUUUGACCAUUUUUAAAAUGUAAUUUCUAUAGUCUAUGUAAAGAAAUUUUUUGAAAUUGUGUAUCAUGUUUGUAUAAGAUUACUUUACAUUAAAGAAAAAAGCUCCUUGCA